GGCAAGUUUGAUAUCAUCUUAACGCAAAGAUGUCAAGUCUCUUCCCGGAUAUUAUUUUUGAUGUUCUUUUGCGGCUGCCUGUGAAAACUCUCUUACGUUUUCGGUGUAUUUCAAAAUCCUAUUGUACACUAAUUGACAACCCGGAUUUCAUCAAGGCUCAUCUCGAUACAUCAAUUCAGACCAAGCCCCGGAAGAAGUUGAUCCUCCUUCGCCACCAAUCCAAUGGGGUUGCUGAGUUUUAUGCAGCAGAUCAUAAUGGCGGACUCAUUGAUCCAAUUAAGCUAAAGAGCCCAAUCAAAUCAAAAAGUAAUGGCACCCGGAUUGUAGGAUCCUGCAACAGUUUGGUUCUUUUGAUGCAAAACACUGACAAACUCCUGUUAUGGAAUCCUUUCACUACUCAGUACAAGAUAUUACCAGAACCCCAAAGAGAAAAGGCUACUUUCACUAGCCAAUAUUUGCAGUAUGAUGUUUUUGGUUUGGGUUAUGAUGCUGCAAGUGAUGACUACAAGGUUGUAAGGAUUCAGAAGUAUAGAAGUAAAAAAGAUGGAGUUGGGAUUUACAGUUUGCGAUCCAACUCUUGGACAAGACUCCACGAUUUCCCUUGUGACAACUAUGAGUUCGAUUGGACAGCAAUGGGAAAACAUGUAAGUGGUACUCUGUAUUGGCUGUGUGCUAAAGAAACAUAUUCGGUAAGCAUUGUUGCUUUUGAUAUUUUAACUGAGAAGUUUCACGCACUGCAAAUACCUGCGCAGUACUCCAGACAGUAUAAUAAGUUGCAUGUUGUAGAAGGGCGGCUCUGUCUGAGUUCAAGGCGGUACGCGGAUUACCAUAAGACCAAGCUUAAUUUGUACGUCGGUGAGAAGCAUGGAGCUAGACUUACCUGGAGCAAAAUGGGCAAGAUUAUGUAUACGAGGAGUGGACGAGAUUUCAGCUUUUUGAAACCUUUCUCCUGUUUGAAGGAUGGGGAUAAGGUUUUGCUGGAUAUAGAGCUCAAAGACAUUAUUUGGUAUGGUAAUAUGGAAGAGUAUGUAGAGGUUUGGAGGGAUUUAACAACAUGUUGGGAAAAUCUAGUUUCACUCGGUAAUGGUAAUGCAAUAUGUAGAUGAUUUGUGUUUCAGCAUGUUAAUUAAGCAGGUGUAACUUGUAAAAUGUGUUUUCAGAGAACAUAAUUUGCAAGCACUUCUGACAUUUAUAUGAUUAAUGAAGCAGUUUUGUCUUCAUUGGUUAUUAAGAAGAAUGUCAUUGCUUGGUUAUGAUAAUAUGAAUUUGUUAGUAUAGAAUACGGGAUCUCAUUUUGGAGUUUGCUUUCGUUGAAAAUAUUUCAGUUGAUUGCCUAUGCAUCUGCAGAAGCUUUCCUCUAGUGGUUUGAUUAAAUGUCA